AUGGCAAACGACGCGAAUUUGGGCUUCGACGUGAAUCCCGCAGGGACGAGUUUGUUCAUUUUCCAGGUGAUCUUUCUCGCUCUUGCCUGGAUGGCGUCGCUUGUACGCGCGUUCGUGAAACUCGUGCUGCUUAAGAAAGUCAGCAUAGAUGACUAUCUUAUGCUGUUGGCAUUGCUCGGCUACACAGUCACCGCAUAUUUCGUUUUUAGCUCCAUUAUAGAUGGUGGCAUGGGCAAGCCCGGCAUACUUGGCCCAGAGGAUCUUGAGAUCACAAUGAGAAAUUUGCUUGGUAACAUGGUGGCCUCCGGCCCUGUGUCAGGGUUAGCCAGGGCUUCUAUUGCGUAUUUUCUAUUACGAAUCGCAGUAAUAAAAUGGCACAGAAUUGUCUUGUACGCCAUAAUAGGCACCACGGCAGCCUUAACUGUCGCGUAUUUCUUCAUCGUAUUGUUUCAAUGCUCGCCGCCGUCUUACUUCUGGCAGAUGGUAAGAGAAGGUUCAUCUGGGUCCUGUCACCAUCACAAACUAGUCGAAAUCUCAACUCUGGUUUGGGGCUCGCUUUCUGCCGCCAUGGAUUGGAUACUCGGUCUUCUUCCUAUUGCAAUGUUAUGGAACGUUCGGAUCAACCGACAGUCAAAGUUCGGGAUUGCAGCUAUACUGAGCUUCGGGAUCAUCGGCGGGAUUGCUCUUGUCGUCCGCUUAGUAUAUGUCCAACAGCAGGAUGUAACGUCCAAUGACUUCGGACCCCAAAUAGCGAUUGGGGUUAGUGCAAUCAUUGAGCUUUCUUUGGGUAUAAUCGCAGGGUGCAUCGCUACGAUGGCGCCAUUAUUCAAACGAAUGCAAUCCAAACUUGGUUCAGGUUCUAAGCAAUCGAGGGACUCAAUUCCAUGGCAGAGAUCUUUGGCAGGCCCGGAGAAUAUUAUAAUGAUGUCUCCACGACGACUAGAGAGGGCGCAAGGUGCACAGCGCGGGGAGGCUGAGACACGACGUCCGCGGCCAAAGAGUCCAUCCGUAAAAAGAGUGCUGUCGUCGUCGAACUGGGAUAUCGAAGUUGAGGCCGCUGGCUUGGAAUAUGACGCGCUCACGCCGCCGCCUUCCAGGAGGGAAAUUCAAAUUCACACAUCCAUCCAAGUUUCGUCGCACCCAUCGGAUGGCGAUCUCUCUGUUAGCACCAUCGACUUUGCAGACAAGCCUCUACCUCCGCCGCCUCCAAGGGCAGCAGCAAGGGAUCGAUCUAUACCGAGAUCACGCCGCCUUACUCCCAAUCUGUUUAUAUAG